ACCCCUCCCCGCCGCAGGGGGGCGCUCAGGUAACCGGCCAAGAUGGCGGCGGCCGAGGCGGAGCGGCUGUGCCUGACGGACCUGCCCGGCGAGCUGCUGGAGCUCAUCCUCUGCUGCGACGUGCUGGGCGCCGCCGACAUCGGGCGGGUGGCGUGCACCUGCCGCCGGCUGCGCGAGGCCUGCCAGCCCCGCGGCAAGGUGUGGCGGGAGCGCUUCCGCCUCAGGUGGCCAUCACUACUGAAGUACUACAGCCACGCAGACAGUGUUAGCUGGCUUGAAGAAUACAAAGCACGGCACAAUGCUGGCCUAGAAGCCCAGAGAAUUGUAGCUUCCUUCUCCAAAAGGUUCUUUUCAGAGCACGUUCCCUGUGAUGGAUUCAGUGACAUCGAGACUCUCGGGUGCCCAAGUCACUUUUUUGAGGAUGAGCUGAUGUGUAUCCUUAACAUGGAAGGCAGGAAAGGUCUCACCUGGAAGUACUAUGCAAAGAAAAUUCUAUACUUCCUGCGGCAACAGAAUAUAUUAAAAAAUCUGAAGGACUAUCUCCAACGCCCUACUGAGCAGCAGUCGUUUCUGGAGGGUGCCGUGUUAAUUGACCAGUACUGUAACCCGCUGUCAGACAUCUGCUUAAAAAGCGUCCAGGCACAGGUGGAUGAGAUCACAGAUAAAGUGCGCAAAGUGCUCCGGACAAAAAAUCCAAGGCACCCCAGCGUGGCUUCCAAGGCAGGAGAGAUCCUCAUUCCAGAAGUGGAGCUUCAGCGGCAGGUACUUGAUGCUAUGAAUUGUGUCCUAUAUGAGCAGUUAAAAUACAAAGGAAACGAACUGGAUUACUAUAACUCCCUGAAUUCAUACAUUCAUCAGGUUUUGAUCCGCAGAACGGGAAUUCCUAUCAGUCUGUCUGUGCUUUAUUUAACAAUUGCCAGGCAGCUGGGAGUCAAACUUGAGCCAGUCAACUUCCCUAGUCACUUCCUGCUGCGAUGGUGUCAAGGAAAAGAAGGGAGCACAGAUAUCUUUGACUACACCUACAUCGACGCCUUUGGGAAGGGGAAGCAGCUGACGGUGAAGGAGUGCGAGUACCUCAUCGGCCACCACGUGACGGAGGAGUUCUAUGGGGUGGUGACUUCAAAGGAGGUCCUGCAGCGUAUGGUGGGAAAUCUGCUCAACCUGGGCAAGCGAGAAAGCACUGAUCAGUCUUAUCAACUGUUGAGAGACUCGUUGGAUCUGUACCUGGCCAUGUAUCCGGACAAUGUGCAGCAUCUAAUGCUCCAGGCUAGGUUAUACUUCCACCUGGGAAUCUGGCCAGAAAAGGUUCUGGACAUCUUGCAGCAUAUUCAGGCUUUGGAUCCAUCCCAGCACGGGGCCGUCGGGUACCUGGUGCAGCACACCCUGGAGCAUAUCGAGCGUCGGAAGGAGGAGGUGGGACCCGAGGUGAAGCACCGUUCAGAUGAGAAACACAAAGAGGUCUGCUUCUCAAUUGGGCUGAUUAUGAAACACAAGAGGUAUGGCUACAACUGUGUGAUUUAUGGCUGGGAUCCCGCCUGCAUGAUGGGACACGAAUGGAUCCGAAAUAUGAACGUCCACAGCCUCCCCCACGGCCCCCACCAGCCCUUCUACAACGUGCUCGUGGAAGAUGGCUCUUGCAGAUACGCUGCUCAAGGUUUAAGGAGGAGACAGGGUGCUCGGAGGGACCCCGCACGCUCUGCCCGGGGACUUGCCCGUGCUUUGUGCUGCCUUCUGCGCGUGGUGAGAACUGAUUGCUUGCUGUCCUGCAGAGAACCUGGAGCACAACUCGGAGCCUCGGGAGAUUCCUCACCCCGACAUCGGCCGCUAUUUCUCAGAGUUCACGGGCACUCACUACCUGGCCAAUGCCGAGCUGGAGCUGCGGUACCCGGAGGACCUGGAGCUGACCCGCAGCACAGUGCAGAAGAUCUACAGCUCAGGCAAGGAGUGAGGGCCAGAAGCAUCCCGAGGACGGAAGCAAACAGGAGUGUAGCUUUACCCUCUUUGCAAGACUUGCCCAGAGGGCGAGCUUGGUGACAAUCCUUUGGCUUAAUGCACUGAAAACUGCAUUAAACUUUGUAACCGGUGCUAUA